GUUCUGACGGAUUGACAAAAAGCGUAACGAGGGAAAACGACUUUCAUUCCGAACAAGGGAGCAGUCUACUCAGUAAACAUGACAUGUCGAGAACCCAACACGGAUAAUUAUGUUUCUGGUGAAACGGCAGUACCAAAGAAGAAGAAACAGAUUAGAGUAUGGAUGGAUGGAUGUUUCGACAUGGUACAUUUCGGUCACGCUAAUGCUUUGAGACAGGGCAAGGAGUUUGGAGACUGUCUGGUGGUUGGAGUCCAUAGUGAUGCUGAAGUGACCAAGCACAAAGGACCUCCAGUGUAUAAUGAGCAUGAGCGAUACAAGAUGGUUCGAGCUAUCAAAUGGGUCGAUGAGAUAGUUGAAGAUGCGCCAUACGUGACCACGGUGGAGACGCUAGAUGCACACGACAUUGACUUCUGCGUUCAUGGAGAUGACAUCACAGUUUCUGCUGAUGGGGUAGACUGCUACAAGCUGGUAAAAGAUGCUGGCAGAUACAAGGAAUGCAAGAGAACACAAGGUGUAUCAACAACAGAUCUUGUUGGAAGAAUGCUGCUUGUUACAAAAACCCAUCACCAACGAGACGAAGAACAGGCUCCAGACACGGAACACGUUGGUGCUAUCAGUCAGGGAAAUGGUAUAACAAAGAAAGCACAGGGCUCCACGACUCACAGUCCAUACACGGGUGUCAGUCAGUUCUUGCCGACAUCACAGAAGAUAAUACAGUUUGCAAGCGGCAAAGAACCCAAACCAGAAGACAAGAUUGUUUAUGUGGCCGGGGCUUUUGAUCUGUUUCAUGUUGGUCACCUAGAUUUCCUUGAGAAGGCCGCUACACAUGGGGAUUAUGUCAUAGUUGGUCUGCACACAGAUAAUACUGUAAACAGAUACAAGGGAGCUAACUUUCCCAUCAUGAAUCUUCAUGAACGAGUGCUCAGUGUCCUGGCUUGCAAGUAUGUGGCUGAGGUUGUUAUAGGUGCUCCAUACUCUGUGUCUGCUGAUCUCAUGGACCAUUUUAAGGUCGACGUUGUAUGCCAUGGCAAGACUCCAAUCAUGCCAGAUGUGGAUGAAAUCGACCCUUAUUUUGAGCCAAAGAGACGAAGUAAAUUCAUGGUGAUCGACAGCGGAAAUGACCUAACCACUCAGAUGAUCAUAGAGAGAAUCAUAAAACACAGGCUGGAAUAUGAAGAAAGAAACCGCAAAAAGGAAUUAAAAGAGAAGAAGAUUAUGGAUGCACUGAAAAACAGUUCCAAUGCUUCUGGCUGAACCACACGUGUGGCUAGACUCUGUCGUGUUUUGUUACCGUGUUGUGCUGUGAGACGUCAGGACCUCUCUUAAGAACACAUAAAACUACUCAUUUCUCCCACAUCGUAAUAUUAGUGUAGUAACAAUCAGUUCCCUAGCAAAACCAGUGGGUGAAUUUAUUAUUAUGUCUAGCUUUUUGUGGUAUAUACUGUGUAUAUUUAGUUAACAAUAAUGCAUGGUUUUAGCUGGCUACCUUAAACAAAUGUUUUAUUGUACCAUAUUGUAUUAAACAAAUUUACUAGAAUUCAAAGCCGCACAAAUUUUAGCUUGUAAUUUUAUUGAUUGUGAAUAAGACUAUUUGAUUUUUUUUAGCUAUUAAUUAGAAUUUUUUUUUUUUUUACUACAUUGUUGAAUAUGUUUUUAGUUUUUAAGCUAGAUGUUAUAAUAUAUAUUAUAUAAAAGGUUGGAAUAUUAAAUGGGGUAUAUUUUAUAUACAGGUAGUAUCAGCAUAAAAUGUUAAAGCUUAUUAACAGGAUAUUUGAUAUACCAUUACAUUUAUUAUUUACAUGUACAUGUAUGUAGCCAGUUGUUUUAAAAAUUGGUUGUAAAAAAUAGUUAAUGUAAAACCAUUAUAAACCACUACCAUUUUAUACAAUACCAUACUUUAAACAAAUCGAGUGGUAAUAAUAUUUGCCCAAAAUAAGAUUUACAAACCUGGCUACAGAAUUUUGAAGCUAUCUAAGCGCCAUUAUAUCGUAAAAUCAUUGUAGGUUAUGAUGUCACUAUGACACUCACCAUAGCUUUUGGCGGUUUUAGGAUGUCUUAGCGCUAACAUAGCUUCGAAAUACGGGCCCCAAUUCUACGCAAGGGGAACUAAGGUGUUUAAAGUUGUAUAAUUAGAGUAUUAUUUAAUUUAUUAAGAACAAAUUGUUCAUUGAACAUGUCACGACAUGAUGUAACUACAUGUUAUUAUCAUUCCCCCCCACCCACCCCCCAUAACCGCUAAAGGGAGUAAGUGGUGAAUUAAUGUUUUUGUUUUUAAAUAAAAAUGUGUAACUUUAUUCAUUUAGUGAAGACUUAAUUAAGCAGUUCAGUUAUUUACAUUGGCAAACUUAGUGUUUCAGGAAGAUAAUUUUGUGGUAUAGGGCUGUUAUUUUUAUGCUCAUUUUAAAAUAGAACAAAUCAGAUACCAACUUCUUUUUUCUGACUUUUGCCUGUUAACAGGGCUGAAUAUUAAUACAUCAUUUCCCAUCAUUGAAAGUAAAAUGUUCAAUUUGAGAUGCAUAAAUAAAUGUUUUAAAAAUGUUUUUAAACAAACAUGUACUGUAUGGUAUAUUGAAAAUCCUUUUUCAUAAGCAUCAAGUAUUUUGUAGACUUGUUAAAAUAAGCUGGCAACAGAACAAUUUCAUCUGCUAUUUUUACUUCAGUGUCUGCUACAUUUUACACAUUAUAUCAUCAAUUAUUUUUAUUUCUCAGGAAAGUUACUUUGAAUAAGCAGUCUCCUACUUUUAAAACGAUGAACACAAAUCGGAGCUAUUUCAAUUUGUUUUUAAAUUUGUUUUACUUAAUAGGGGUGGGAGAUAAUUGGAAGGUACUAGUUUUAAAAUUAAAUGUGUGGGGUGUUGUAAGUAUUAUAUUCUCUACUUUGUAGUGUUUUAGCUACCAGAAAUUAAAAAUGAACCUUUGAACCUAUGUGGUGAGGAAAUAAAGAAAAAAAAGAAUAUUCUAGCCCAGUAUUCGUGAAACUGCUGAUCUAAAACUGAAGCUUGUAGUGUAGAUUCUAGUAUAAUUAUAUUACUUGAUUUUAAUCCAUUUGUUUGUACAUAUGAGCUUCAAAUCCUCAUCCAUUAGUUAUUAUUCCAUUAUUCUGGAAUAGCUGUUGAUGAAUGCCUUUUACUUUCACUCCCAAUGUUAUCUGUGAUCCUUAAUAUUCAUGUUUGUUGUGUGUGUUUGUAAUUAUGUCUCAUCUUCCACAUGGGUAGGAAAAAUACCAGUCAAUUAAUAUGCCAAGAGACCAGUCAUUUGGACAGAUGUAAAACAGAUUUUUAUGAGCUGUGUUCAUACUUUAUUUCUUGCUGCACUUAAUUCAUACUUUGCUUUUUCUGACAUUACGACAGAAGACAGUUUAGUAUCAUAUGAAUUUAUACAACAGGUGCAAAUCCUAUUAAUUCAUACUUUGCUUUUUCUCCAUCAGGGAUUUUUCCUGGAUUUUUUUGCCAGGGUCCUUUAUCUAAUAGGAUUGGGAAAAUUAGCACAAGUAAAUCAUACUUUGGAUAUUUGUUCAGGGCACUGAAUGAUGCAGUAUGCUACUGUUAAAUUAAUUCAAUACAACAGACAUAAUUAAAUAUAUAUACUGACACACAAUGAAAAUGCAAAACAGAUAUUUUUCAAUAUUUUGUUAUGAUUA